CAAAACUUCUUCCUUUGGCGCUGCACGAGGACUAGAAUAGUCAUCAACCGCAUAUUGCGGAUUACCUUUCUUAAUUUUCUGUGAUAAUUUCGACUCAGUAAUCACAAUGGAAGUUGGGAAACUCGUCGAGGUACUCCGAGCUACUCUGGAUCCAAAUCAGCGUGAGCAAGCCGAGCAACAGCUUACCGAGGUUCAUAAGAUCAUAGGCUUUGCACCUAUUCUUUUGCAAGUUGUGAUGACAGAUCAGGUUGAUAUGCCGGUUCGACAAGCUGGUGUAAUAUACCUGAAAAACAUGUUAACUCAGUAUUGGAUGGAACGUGAGCCAGAGAAUGUCACAGACAGCAUUCCAUUUAAUAUUCAUGAACAAGACAGACAACCUAUCAGGGACAACAUUAUUGAAGCCAUCAUUCAUGCUCCAGAGCCAGUUAGAGUGCAGUUGUGUGUUUGCUUGAGCCACAUAAUAAAAAAUGACUUUCCUGGACGCUGGCCAAACGUUGCUGAAAAGAUGGCAUUUUAUAUUAACUCUGACAAUCAUGCUACUUGGAUGGGAGCUUUGUUGUCUGUGUACCAGUUUGUAAAGGUUUUCGAGUACAAAAGAUGUGAAGAAAGGCAAACUAUGGAUGAUACAAUGACACACAUGCUACCAAUUUUGUUUCAACGACUGAUCCAGUUGGCUCAAGAUCCGUCGGAGGCCUCAUGUCUUUUGCAGAAGCAAAUCUUGAAGAUAUUUUAUGCUUACACCCAGAACUAUCUGCCGUUAUCAGUCUUGACCAAAGAAAUAUUCACACGUUGGAUGGAGGCAAUCAGGUUAAUAGUGGAUAAAGAUUUACCACCUGAAACAAAUCAAGUGGACGAAGAAGAUAGACCAGAGCUUGCUUGUUGGAAACUUAAAAAGUGGGGCGUGCGCAUUCUUGCUCGUCUCUUUGAGAGAUAUGGAAGUCCUGGUAAUGUUAUAAAAGAGUACACAGAAUUCUCUGAGUGGUACCUCAAAACAUUUUCAUGCGGUGUCCUUAAUGUGUUGCUAAAACAGUUGGAAGGGUAUAGACAAAAAAUGUUUGUUGCGCCGCGUGUUUUACAGCAGACGCUCAACUACAUUAAUCAAGGAAUCAGCCAUGCCUUUUCGUGGAAGUUUAUUAAGCCACACAUUCAGACGAUGAUCCAAGAUGUGAUUUUUCCUCUGAUGUGUCACAGUGAUGAAGAUGAGGAUUUGUGGACAUCUGAUCCUCACGAGUACAUCAGAGUUAAAUAUGAUGUGUUUGAAGACUUCCUCUCACCAGUAAUGGCAGCUCAGACUGUUUUCCAUUCUGCUACUGCUAAGCGCAAAGAGGUUUUAAACAAGGCUAUGGGAUUCUGUAUGUCCAUACUUACCAAUGCUAACUCAACACCAAGACAAAAAGAUGGAGCUCUUCACAUGAUUGGUGCUGUUGCUGAAGUUCUACUUAAGAGAAAGAUUUACAAAGAGCAAGCCGAAAUGAUGCUUACUUCUCAUGUAUUUCCAGCUUUCAGUAGUGAACAUGGCUUCCUUAGAGCCAGGGCUUGCUGGGUGAUUCGCAACUUUUGUGAGAUGAAGUUUCGCAAUGACCAGAAUUUAGUGGGUGCAGUGGAAUUGGUAAAGAAUGCAUUAUGUUCAGAUAAAGACUUGCCAGUCCGAGUUGAAGCAGCCAUUGCUCUGCAGAUGCUUAUUUCAGAUCAGGAAAAAGCUAAACAAUACAUUCAGCCAUUUGUGAAGCCUGUAAUUCUAGAAUUGCUGCAAAUCAUUCGUGAGACCGAAAAUGAUGAUUUAACAGGAGUAAUGCAGAAACUAGUAUGUACUUACGUUGAGGAUGUGAUUCCUAUUGCCGUGGAAAUGAUGACUCACCUUGCUCAGACUUUUGCCCAGGUCAUAGAAUCUGAUAAUGAUGGUGGUUCAGAAGAAAAGGCUAUCACAGCUUUAGGUAUUCUUAACACUAUGGAAACUAUUCUUAAUGUCAUGGAAGAUCAAAAAGAUAUAAUAAUCCAACUUGAGGGUAUUGUGCUGAAUGUAAUUGGCAUCAUCCUUCAAUCCAACAUUUUAGAUUUUUAUGAAGAGGUACUUUCACUUGUAUACAGUCUUACCAGCUCUCAAAUUUCUCACCACAUGUGGGAGGUUUUUGGCAUGAUAUACCAGAUGUUUCAGAAAAAUGGAAUUGAUUAUUUUACUGAUAUGAUGCCAGCAUUACACAACUAUAUUACUGUGGAUACUGAAGCAUUUUUAGCAAAUCCCACAUAUCUAGAGGUUAUUUAUGAUAUGUGUAAAACUGUAUUAAAUGCAGACAAUGGAGAAGAUGCUGAAUGCCAUGCUGCAAAACUUUUAGAGGUUGUCUUGUUGCAGUGUCCUGGUCGAGUAGACCAUGUUUUGGGAUCUUUUGUUGAGUUAGUGCUUCAAAGAUUAACCAAAGAGGUGCAGACAUCAGAACUAAGGACUAUUUGUUUGCAGGUUGUUAUUGCUGGCCUGUACUACAACUCUCAGUUACUUUUAGAUGUCUUGGGAAAAAUGCAAAUCCCUAAUGUACAAGGUUCAAUCCUUGGUCAGUUUUUAAAGCAGUGGCUUCAUGAUGCAGAUUGUUUUCUGGGCCUCCAUGAUCGAAAAAUGAGUGUCCUUGGUCUUUGUUCAUUAAUAAAUAUGGCUGGCCAAAGACCUCAGGAGAUCACAGAAUUUGCCUCCCAAAUUCUACCGGCAGCACUUCUCCUCUUCCAAGGAUUAAAGCGAGCUUAUGCUAGUCGGGCAUUAGAAGAUGAAAGUGACUCUGAUGAUUCGGAUGACGAUGAUGACGAUGCUUAUGAAGGAGAAAUAUUGUCAAGUGAUGAGGAUGAGAUUGAUGAAACCGGCCAGCAGUAUUUGGAACGGCUAGAAAAAGCUAAUCAUGAUGAUGAUGAUAGUGAAGAACUGACUGAUGAUGGGGCUGAAGAAACUGCCCUUGAAGCUUAUACUACAAGUCUUGAUGCUGAAAACUGCCCAGUUGAUGAAUAUGUCAUGUUUAAAAAUAUUUUGGCUAACCUUGUUGGUCAAGAUGGUGUAUGGUAUCAGACUCUAAUUGGUGCUCUUAAUCCAACACAAUUAAAAGAAUUGGAGGAAGUGUUUAAAUUUGCAGAAAUGCGAAAGGCUGCUGCUGAUUCAAAGAAAAUUGAGGAAGGUGGAGGUUACAUGUUUACUAACAGACAAGUACCAGCAUCUUUUAACUUUGGGUCUGCAUAACUUUUCCAAUUGUGAGGACAUUAUUACAGGACAAUUUAUUACAAAUGCUUGACAUUUUAUUUAGUAGACAAAUAACUGCUACAGUUCUCAACUAAGUCAGUUAGUUUCUAUCAUUGUAAAAAAAAAUUCUUUUAUUUAUUGCACAUGUAAAAUACUGAAUGUGAAGUUAUUUCUAAAUAUCUAAAUAUUUCUAAAUUAGUUAAGUAUAUUUCUCUGAAUAUUGUUGUAUACAGCUUCAUCGCUAAAUUUAAUUCUUGGUUUAAAGCAAACACGGGAAAAUUAACUCCCCUAUUUUUGGCAUCAUUCCACUUCACAUUCACUGGCCACUUGAUUUUAUGCUAAUGUGUGUUAAGUCACCUUCACAAAGCUGUUUUUGUCAGCAAUGAAAUUUCUUCUGGUGAUACUUUCAUGUUGAGACACUAACAUAUUAACUUGGUGGAUUUGUUUUUAUUGCUCUAAUUUUUAACAUCAAGCUUACUUGACUGCCUUAGCAUUCAAGGAACUUUGCUUACAAUAUUGCAUGGAAAUGUGAUACACCAGUAUCUUGGAUUAAUACAGUAGAUACAUGGUGUAGCUUAUGCGGUCACUGUAUUCACUCUGCCUGCAUUGUACUUGACUGUACCAUAGUCAAUGUUAUAUACCCUUGUCCACAGCUGUGAUGGGAACAUUUUGUUCCAUCAUCACUUUUUAUGGUUUUUAUAUGGUUUUAUGAAAGCAUAAUUUUUGUGCUUUUAUUUUCUAGUGCAAAUUAUAAUGUAGGAGUCAUUUUACUCCUACACAAAGUGUAAAUCAUGACUGCUUUGCCUAUUUAAAGCAGUCCAAAUUGUUAGUAAAUAAAAUGCAUUGUAAAUAAAAAGAUAAAAUUUUGCCAUUUGUGUUCUUGAAUGUUUCCCCACCUGUAUGUCAUGUCAAGGUUGUCUUAUCAACCACCCUAGACUGUGAUAAAGUAAGUGGAUAGACUUUCUGUCUACCUCAGUCCUUAAGUGUACAUCAUUUUUUUUUAAAAGGAAAAUUGAAUGCAGCUUUGGUUUCAUAAAGUAAAUUUUAUUACUUACAUAAAAACUUGAGAUAAGCACACAUCUUAUAAAAAUAGGACUAGCUGUGCCUUAAAAUAAGUUGGCUUGUUUUUAGUUUCUAUUCCUUUUUAACCCAACCUGUUCUGGUAUGUUAAUGCAAAAGUAAAAUUGCCUUAUUUUUAAUUUUAGUGCCCUUUGAUAAGAAACUUUAAGAUGGUUUCACACGGUAAUGACAUCAGUAUUUGUUUAGGCAUUUGGCAAAUGAAAGUUGAGUUGCAGCACAAUUUUAAACACCAGUUUAUUUUGUGUGGUUCUAGUCAAAAAUAACUUCCUAGCGAUUCAUUUAUUCAAAACAAUGACCUGAUUUUAACUGCAGUAAUAAGUUGUUGGCUGCUGAUUUAAUCUGAGUAAAAUAAUAACAAAACUAUGUUUGACAGAAACUUUUUAACCUUAUGGUAAUGUCUGGUUUUAUUUGAUCUAUGACCUUUUUAAUCUCCUUGCUCCCCCUUUCCUUUGCUAUGCAAAGGACUUAAAAUGGCAAAUAAAAGGUUGCAAUAGCUGAAGAGUUUUCUUCAGCUGCUUACACUCUUCUCUAGGACUUUUCCUCAGAGAAAAUAGCUUAAGUAAGAGAGGUGUGGUAUUUCACACUUAUUAUCAAAUGUUCAGCUUUGUAGCAGACUUCUUUAAAUGAGUUAUUUAAAGAAUCAAGUUAUCCUUAGAUGACUAGUGUGACAGAGCUGCCUUAAGUACUUGCCAAAUUUGUAAAUCCUCUUCAGAACUUACUAACGAAACGCCAGGGCUUUUUUUACCACCUGCUCUCUUUCCUCGGUAUAUGCACAGUAUGUAUACACAAACUGCUUGACAGGGAGGACGUGACAGAAGUAUUUACAAUUUUGACAAGUUCUUAUUGAAAUUUGAAAUAAAUUUUGAGAGCUAUACAGUUAUCAAAAGCUUU